ACCUGUCUAGCCUCAUCCACUCAGGUGUGAUAUUUAGGCACAAACCCUGUCUUGAGAGGGAAGGCGAUCCCACCGCCGCCACUAGACCAUUAACCAUCACCACCACCAUCACCACUAUCUCUUUCAUCAUAUUUAUUACCACUCCUUCGCUAUCAUCACCACUAUCACUGCUCCAAACACUACCACCUCAAUCCCGCCGCCACUAGACCACUAGACGAAGAAUGGAGGAGGACGAAGAAAGGAGGAGGACGACGAGUUGAGGAGGACGAGGAGGAGCAGGAGUAUAGGAAAAUAAUUCUGCCUUGGCAACGGGAACAGAGCAACAUCAAGUGGCGGUGCAACAUUAAGGGAACGUCACCACGUUCAGAGUGUUGCGACUCGUGUGUGUUGCGAGGUGAAGGACGCCUGACACCACUGACACCGCCACUGUCACUCCUCAUGUGGCUGCUGCUUGCUUCCUCCUCCUUAAUCUGCCCUUGCCCUCUCUCCCUCCCUCCCUCCCUCUCUCCUUCCAUUACUUUUAUCCUCUUCCUUCACCUCCUCUUUAUGUCCUUCCUUGCCUCUUUCUUUCCCUCUCCUCUGUCCUCCUCUCCUCUCAUCUCCUCCCCUCUCCUUUUCCCUUACCCCCUCCCUUGCUUCCCUCUGUCCUGGAAGCUGGAAAGGUGACAAGCAGGUGUUAUGGGAGGAAGGGGGGAGGGGGGAAGAGGCGGAGGGGGAAGGGGGUCGUCUGGAUGCUUUACCAACACUAAAAUGGUCUUUAUACUGUCAGGUCCAAAGAGGUGUUGUGAUGGCAGUAACGCUCGCCUUUACGUGCUAACACCGCCAUCACCGCUGACGUGUUACUGCUGCCACCACCACCGCCACCACCACCACUACUACGACCAAAAUGUACAUACACUAACUCCAUCAUUGUAAUGCCGGGAUGUGUAGGGAGGAGGAAAAACUUAGAGAUAUAAAACAAAAGACCAGAGGGUACGUCAUUGUAAGUGAUUAUAAGUAUCUAUAAGUGAGUAUAAGUGAUUACAAGUAGUUAUAAGUGAUCAUAAGUAGUUAUAAGUGAUUAUCAGUCAUUAUAAGGCCAUCAUAAGUAUGUGAGUAAUUAUAAGAAGCUAUCAUAAAUCACAACCUAUAACACUAUGUAUCGGAAAGCUUGGGUUGUCUAUGUAUUGUAUAACAUAACAAAUCCCCCCUCAGACUACAAUUACAAAAUGUGGUGCAAUACUUCACGCCACUGUCCCGCCAGAAUUCAGCGUCAGCCGUCCCUCGAAGCAGUUGCCAGCCACCUUGUUUGUAAAUGUCCUAUCUGAUAAAGUCAUCCACCUUACAUAGAUUUUUUUCGCAGCUCCAAAAGUAAAUUUCGUCACCUUCCAAGUUAAGAGAUCAUAACCCAUAUGUACUACUUGCCCCCCCCCCCUUUUCCCGCUCUUACGGGACGCCGCUCUCGCCGCAGGAGAGUAUAAAAACUCGGGGUGGCUUUUCCCGGGCAUCACUUGCCAAUGUGUAUAUUAUAAAAAAAUGUGAAUGUGUGAAUGUAUGUCGUAUCGCCAUGGCCCAGUGGCGCCAGGACGUUACACACAGACGCUACGUUGUGCUUAGGAGGUGCUCCUUGCCGUGGGAACGGUGCUGAUUCAGCAAGCAUGCUAUCCGCUGGCCGCUCCUGUACCAAGAGAAGCCGGCAGAUCAGAGCGGGCGGCGGACGAGGGCACAGGACUUCUCGGAGUGUGCGUACGACUUACGACUCGUCCACAAAAUACUGUAACUAUUAUGUGAAUACAUUUAAAAAGCAAUACAACCAUUUAAUCAACCAGAGAGAGAGAGAGUAAAUUAAGUGAACUCAAAGUGAACUUAACGGCUCCGCUCGGCCAACACAUAACCCACAUCACUUAACUAAAAGGCUAUUGUGUUGUCUCACGACUUCUAUCAACUGGAGAAAGCAGGCAACGGUACACCGGACCUCACGUGAGAUAACAGUUCGCGCCUUAAUCAAAAACACAAAAACACAGCUAACAAAAAGGCUAACAAAAGUGGUGAACAGCGGCUUCCGGACCUUCUCCGAAGUGUUCUGUGUGUUAUCUCUCUCUCUUUUAACACUUAACACUUAACGGUGGCAAGUGUCGUCAAGGGGCAGACAGGAAAGUGUGCAGGAAAGCUGACACAAGCAACGCCAUUCCCCCUUGGCCCGUCCGAGUCGAGUCAGCACACUCCACCACACCGCCCCGCGCGCCCAACCCCGCGCGCCCCGCCCAUACGCGCCCCGCGCGCCCACAUCGCCCACUGUCGGGAUCCCGCUUCCCAAUUCUGGGACGCCCACUUGUCUGCCUACGACACAGUCAUUCGUGGGUGGGCGCUUACCUUCGCCUUGGUGGAGAUCUUGGUGGAGCGUGGUCGCUCCUCCGCCCCUUCCUCACCGCUGCCAGCCGCUGCCGGGCACUGCCGGCGGUCUCUCUGGCCGCUCCAAGGACGCGGGGACAGCCAGCCAAGGACGGGGACAGCCAGCCAAGGACGAGGGCGAGCCAGCCGAGGACGAAGGAGUGCCACGGGCACAAUCUUCACACUUUUUUUUUAUGGUCAGUCUGAUAAAGAGAUAGACAUUUUGGCCAAGGAGUUCCAGAAGUUGAUGCAGGAUUCGGAAGCGCCCGCCGAGGAUGACAAUUCCCGUGUCCUAAGGAGCGGGUCAACUCAUGACAGAGUUCCUCCUCCUCCUCCUCCUUCUUCUCUCCCGCAUGAUAACAAAGGAAAUGUUGUCCCUCACCUUCUACUUCCUUCUGCGCUCCGUUCUGGCUGCAGACCCUGCGCACCUCAAGCCGGGGGCCCUCUCUGCUCAUUUGGGCCGGGUUUCUCUGGUCGAGGAUGUCCUGUGGGUCCAGUACCCGUUUACUGCUCUGGUGGAAAUACCAGGCACACUGAGGACAAUAACGGAACAAGUGACUGGGGUUGUGUUGCAGAUGGAUAUCAAUGCUCCUGAAGACGGUCUCCUGCGUCUGAUGCAUGACCGCAUAAAGUACUUGAAUGAUACUCUAACCCUGGCUUUGGAGAACUACGCAGCUCUUUCGUUUCCUAACCGUACUAAACGGGGCUUGAUUGAUGGGAUUGGGCAACUUUCCCGCAUGUUGUUUGGAACCGCAAUGGAUGAGGAUGUGGAGGAACUGCGGGAUAGGUAUAACCGUUUGGCUUCACUUGCUGCUACUCAACACAAAACCAUUAGGAUUAAUUCCUUCCACAUUUCCAGACUUGAGCAUGCAGUACAGGAUAUUGCUUCUUAUUCCCGAACCUUAGGCUCUUCCAUUAAUGAGUUGUGGACCGGCAUGGCUAAUAUGUACCAAAUGGAACUUGUUCUACAAACCUUGCCUGCCUUGGAGAGUGCAGUCAACUCUAUCCUCCAUACUAAUGCUCUGGUAAUACAGAAUGUAGUGGAUGCAGACUGUGGUAGGGUUACCUCUUCUCUUUUUCCUGUCAGGGAUUUGCAAAAGGCUUUGAAAAUAGGAGUAGAGAACCACCAACUAACACCUUUGUUUGACAUGCAUGCCAUACACCACUACUAUCCCUUGCUUGAGUCAUUCCUGACGUCGGAAGCUAUAGUAAUUCACGUUCCCUUCAGGUCAAAGGAUGUGUUUGAGGUUUAUCAGCUGGAACCUUUCCCUUUCUCAGUCAAUAACUCGGUGAUGGUGCUGGACUUACCUGCCACAGUGGUCUUAAUUCGUAAUGAUCUAUCGCUUUAUGCAACGGGGGACAGUUUGAAGAGCCCCGCCGCGAUGACUGCCUAACCUAGCUGAUCGUGAAGGAUUGCUCUCCCGCGGCGACGAGAAAACACAGCAAGACCACGCGACGGAGACCCGGCAAGACGAAGGGGAAGACGAAGAUUAUGAUGAGGAAAAAGAAAAAAGUUCUGCAGUUAUUUGUAGUGCCGUACACUGGUAGGCAAUAAUGAAUGAUACUUAGAGGAAGGGAAUUCCUUUCUUGUGGAUUUCGUUUAUAUGUAUGUUAAACGUCAAGUGGGAGUCCAUAUAAACGCCAAGAUUCUUGAUAUGUUUGCUAGGAGUGAUGGGAGUGUUGCCAAAGAUGAGAGUGGUGUUUUGGGGAAUUUGUUUAAUGCUUGACCACGUCCACACUGUGUUUUAUUAGUAUUCAGCAAUAGACCGUUUUUAUUAUAGUACUCCCUGGCCAGUGUGAAGGUCUCUUGUGCCGCCAUGAUGGGGUCAGGCAGCGUAUUAUUUG